UAAAGGGUCCAAAAUGGCUGUAAGGUUACUUUGAAGGCCUUUUUCCCUUCUGUCAUAUAGAUACAAGCUCAUCCCAAACAUAUAUCGAUCAUAAACUCAAGCAGGCCCACUCCGAAGCUCCAUCUACAGUCAGACUCUUCAACUCUCAGCUUACACGUUCUGAACCACCAACAUGCUCGUAAAGACUUACAUCGUGGCCUUGACCCUCGGAGCGAGCUGUCUUGCAGCCCCCGUACCAACUCCCACAUCCUGCUCAGGGACCACUGCACGUCGAGGAUACGGUCUUAUCUGCACUGGACCUGCUGCUUCGAAACGAAUUGAAGAGCCAGUACCAGUGGCAGUGGCGGAGCCCGAAUCGGAUUCCAAGACAUCUGCUCGGGGCUACGGUUUGAUCCUGACAUCAGAAAAGGAUGCAGAGGGAACAGCGCUAUCUGAUCGGGGUUAUGGUUUAAUCUUGCCUUCGGAACAGAGUGCAAAGGUAGUAGCGCCACACCAGGACUUACCCGGCGUCGGGACUAAUCAUCUUGGUCAGGAGUCUACACAACCGGAAAUUCUUACGAAAAGGACAGGCAUGGGCCUCAUCACAUCUGGAAGCGACGAUGCAUGAAAACGGCUCUAAGGAAAUCAAGACGAUUGGGUUCGACUUUAGACGUGUUAAAAGAGGCUAAGUUGGGAAUUCGGGAUCCUGACUAGCAUAUGGUUUCACAACCAAUAGGCGUUCCGGACAAUGGGUUAUUUUCUCAUGAGCAAUGAACAAGGCCACGGUUUUUUGGGCUCACCUUCUCCUGCAUCUUUUGCAUCUUCUGCAUUUUUCAUUUUUCUGUCCUGGCAUUUGCUGUUACCUCCAUUUAUUAAUCGGCAACUAGUUCACAAUGCUAUACAUGUCGAAUUAUUAGUCUAUGCUCAGAAUGCCU